CAACAGCCGGGAUCACCACUGACCAAUGGGCGCGCUCCUGAGCGGUGGUCGGAAGUGGUGAGGCUUCUGAGGGGGCCGUUGUUCAGUGCGGGGCUCACUGAGGAGGAUCGGUGUCUGUGGCUCAGCUUUCCUCCUCUCGUCCCAGUUUACAGAAAGAGCUAACAAUGGCUGAAUUUCUACAGGACCAGGACACUCGACUGUGUGACAAUUGCCAAAAAGAAAUUCCUGUAUUUAACUUUACCAUCCAUGAGAUCCACUGUCAAAGGAACAUUGAUAUGUGUCCUAUCUGCAAGGAACCAUUUCCCAAAUCUGACAUGGAGACUCACAUGGCAUCAGAACACUGUCAGGUGACCUGCAAAUGUAACAAGAAGUUGGAGAAGAGGCAGUUAAAGAACCAUGCGGAGACUGAGUGCCCUCUGCGGCUUGCUCUCUGCCAGCACUGUGAUUUGGAACUUUCAAUUCUCAAACUAAAGGAACACGAGGAUUACUGUGGUGCCCGAACAGAGCUAUGUGGCAGCUGUGGGCGCAAUAUACUUGUGAAAGAUUUGAAGACUCACCCUGAAGUUUGUGGGAGAGAGGCAGAAGAAAAGAGAAAUGAGGUUGCCAUACCUCCUAAUGCAUAUGAUGAGCCCUGGGGUCAAGAUGGAAUCUGGAUUGCAUCCCAACUCCUUAGACAAAUUGAGGCUCUGGACCCACCCAUGAGGCUACCUGGAACUCCCCUGAGAACCUUUGAUUCAGACCUUUUUCAUAAUAGGACUACCAACCAAAGGAACAUGACAACCCAGUUUCCAAUUCAGAAUAAUCUAUUUGAAGAACAAGAAAGGCAGGAAAGGAAUAGACGCCCACAGCCCCCCAAGGAGGGUGAAGAUAGUGCAAACUUGGACUUCAUGUUGGCCCUGAGUCUGCAAAAUGAAGGCCAGCCUUCCAACAUGGCAGAGCAGGAUUUUUGGCGGGCCGUUUGCGAGGCAGACCAGUGUCAUGGUGGUCAUGGUUCUGUGAGCAACAUAAAAGGUACAGCUGACGAGACCAUGUUGCCUUGUGAAUUUUGUGAGGAGCUCUACCCAGAGGAACUACUGAUUGACCAUCAGACAAGCUGUAACCCCUCACGUGCCUUACCUUCGCUCCAUACUGGCAGCUCUUCCCCCAAAGGGGUAGAAGAUCCUGAUGUUAUCCUCCAGAACUUUCUGCAGCAGGCUGCAAGUAACCAGUUCAAAUCUUUGAUGGGCCUGAGCAAUUCAGCCCCUGUGGAGGACAGCAUCAUCAUCCCAUGUGAGUUCUGCGGGGUACAGCUGGAAGAGGAGGUGCUGUUCCAUCACCAGGACCAGUGUGACCAACGUCCAGCCACAGCAAAUACCCAUGAGAUGGAGGGGAUUUCUAGACAGGAUUCCCAGCCUCGGGAGACUUCACCAGAACUGCCUAGGAGGCGUGUCAGACACCAGGGAGACCUGUCUUCUGGUUACAUGGAUGAUAUCAAGCAGGAAACAGCUAAAGGGCCCACCUAUCCUCUGCCCCCCAGCAGACCUAUUAAUAACAUGACAGCCGCCUAUAACCAACUGUCAAAAUCAACAUCAAGCCCGAGACCGAGGUGCCAACCUAGUCCUCCUCAAGUACUGAAGCUCAACAACUCAGAUGGCCAGGGUAUCCGGGGGCGGAACCAAAAUAACCAGAAUGGAGCCAUGGCUGCUGGGCACGUUCCAGUGAUUCAUCCCGUUCGAAAUCUCUACCCAGAAAACAUUGUGCCAUCUUUCCCCCGUGGGCCUGCAGAUAGAUACAGUGCUAGUGGUAGGAGUGAAGGUGGCAGGAACUCCCGGGUCACCCCUGUGGCUGCCAACUACCGCAGCAGAACUACAAAGGCAAAGCCCCCCAAGCAACAGGGCGCUGGGGAUGCAGAGGAGGAAGAGGAAGAGGAGUAAUGGUGUCUCCAGAGACCCUCCACGUUGGUCCCAUCUAUGCACAGCAGCACUCACACAGUGCAGGCUUCACCUCUCUGGCUCUUUAGGCAGGGGAGAUUUUCUGGAUUUAAUUUUUUCUAGGUUAUGGCCAUUUCGUGUCUUUUGAGAUUGUGCUGUGGGAAUUUGGGCUUUGAGGGAGGGUUAGCAGGGAGGCUGUUGAGAAAUAUUUCAGCCUGAGUUGCCACCUUUUGGUAGAAGAGAAAUGUAAGUUGUGGCCUCUCAGUCCACCAGGUCUCUUUCUCUUGACAUACUGUCACCACUGCUUUUUGGUGCUGUUUGGUCUUGGUAGAAGAAAGGGGAGGGUCCUUGAAACCUGGUACUUACAAGUGAAGUGAUUCUUUUCCAUGUGGGGGCCUAAAAUUGGGGGACAUGUCCCAUGUACUGUUCCUGCCCACUCUAUAUCUGGGCCUGUGGUACGUGUGGAGCUCAGGCCAGUUGCAAUAUAAAGUGAGGAACAGGGUCUUAGCAGUUAAGUUGAAUUGGAGGUGAGUGGACUAGGAGCUUUGUUCAAAGCUGCUUUUUUUGGCAUUUGGCAUCACUGCCUUAUGUUUCUAUUGGGGAGCAUGGCUCCUUUGUUUUCACUGCCCUCUAGUAGGGGGGGUUGAGAGCUCCUUGUCCCUACCAGGGCCUUCCAUACUGGGCUCUGCCCUGAUCAGGACUGAAGCUAAGUGUCAGAGCCCUUUUCCUGCUUUUUAUUUUACUGUUAUAAUUAUUAACUUCAUUGUAAUAGAAAUAAAGUUUGUACUUGGAGUUCA